CAUGUCUGUAGCAUGCAAAACAGCAACAGACACUCUUUUGUUAUUUUCCCCUCUUCUAUUAAAAGCCAAAGCUCAUAUUUCGCACAAACGACAAAAAUUUAUGUUUAGCAUACUGUUCCAAGUUAAUAUUAGGCUCACUGAAGGAGUGCUAGUGUAAUCAUGGCUUUUCCACGAUUUUCUCCGCUCCUCGCUCAGACCUCUGCAGUUUUUCAAAGAAAUUUCAGCGUCUCUGCUGCUGCAGCUGCAAUUCAGAAGAUGACCAGAGUACGCGUGGUUGACAACAGCUCACUCGGAAAUACGCCAUAUCACCGGCCGCCAAGAGUGAUCCACGUCUACACGAAGAACAGUGUCGGGAAAGUCGGUGACAAAGUGUUGCUGGCCAUUAAAGGGCAAAAGAAGAAAGCCCUCAUCGUUGGACACAAAAUGCCUGGAGAUCGCAUGACUCCACGCUUUGAUUCCAACAAUGUUGUUCUGAUUGAGGACAAUGGCAACCCUACUGGAACAAGGAUUAAGGUCCCUAUACCAACAAGUCUGCGUCAAAUGGAAGGAGAUUACUCUAAAGUUCUGGCAAUUGCUAGCACAUUUGUCUAAUUCCAUCUUGUUUGACAUGUAUACCUUUAGCUUUUGAAUUUUCUUUUAUAAAAUGGAAAAGCUUUAUUAUUUUGCUGCCACCUAUCAAGAAUUAAAGUUUUAUUUUACU